GCUCGAACCAUGCUGCCAAGACUGCUAAUAACCAUGGCAGCAGCCAGCGCGCUCACUCUCCCGCCAGACUGCGGAAUUGCGACGUGGCGCGCCGGCCCGAGCUUAGUGAGAGUAGAACUUGAUAGGGGCGGCAAGCUCAACGCGCUGACGAGGAGCAUGUGGGAGGCGCUCGACGCCGUCCUAGAGGAUACAAAUGAUGCGCUCUUGAUCACGAGCGGCGACGCCAAGGCGUUUUCUGCGGGCGCGGACGUGAACGCGGUCGCGAGCGAACCCGUGGAUGAGCGUAGGGACUUCCUGCGGCUCGAAUACGAGACGCUCGAGAAGCUCCAGGAACGCGACGCGCCGACGGUCGCCGUCGCGGACGGGUUGGCGUUCGGCGCGGGUGCGGGCGUCUUUAUGGCCUGCGACGAGCGCAUCGUGACGGAGCGGUCGCGGCUCGCCAUGCCCGAGUGCCGGAUCGGCAUCGUGCCCGACGCCGGCGCGUUACGUUUCCUCACGAAGCACUGCGAGCCCGCCGUCGCGCGGUAUCUGGCACUGACGGGCGUGCCGCUCAACGCCCAUGAUUUGUACAGGACGGGCCUCGCGACGCGCUACGUGCCGGACAAGGAAGAUCUAGGUUUGGAUCAACUCUACGCGGAGCUGUCGAGCGCCCCGGCGGGGGAACUGGCGACGCCCCUCGACCGGCGCGGCGUGGACGCGCCGCGGCGCUUGGAGUCGGGCCUCUUCAACGAGGCGACGCUGCAGGCCGUGCGCGACGCCUUUGAAAAAGGUACUUCGGUGGACGCGGUGCGCGCCGACCUCGAGACGGCGCGAGAGGCGGCCAAGAAGCUGCAGGGCUCCUGCGGCUGGGCGACGCGCGAGGCCGCGGACGGAGUGCUGGAUGUGCUCGACGCCGCGGCCGACGGUUUGCAGCGCGGCUGCCCGACGGCGCUCGAGAUCACUUUAGAUGCCGUCGAUAGGCUCGCGGCGCGGCGCGGCGACGCGGACCCCGCGGCGGCGCGCUACGGGCGGCGCGUGGAGCUCGCCGCGAACGCUCGGCUCGGCGGCGCGCCGGACUUCGCCGAGGGGGUGGCCUGCGUCGUCGGCGCGCGGCGCGGCGAGCGGCCGAAGUGGUCCAACGACGCGUCGCUCGUCGGCGCUAUUGCGCGCGCCGUCGACGGGCUUCGUGAGGAGACGAGUCUCGGCGACGUCGUCGCGGGCGCGCGGGGGUAA